AUGGUCAGUAUUCGCAGCACCGGUGCAGAGAAACGUCACCUGACAGUAAUUUUGACGGUUCUUGCAAAUGGUACGGUUCUACCACCAAUGAUUAUUUUCAAAGGUGUAAGAAAGUUGAACUUGAAUGUACCAAAGGACAUGGUCGUCGAAGUACAGAAGAAAGGAUGGUGUGAUACCGAAUUAAUGAAGAUUUGGCACAGACGUAUUUGGCUCCCGUAUACAAAAGGCCGUCAAUCACUCAUCAUAUUCGACUCCUUCCGUGGACAUCUCAAAGAUUCGGUAACCAACCAACUUCAAUCAAACCAGACGUACCGAGCUGUAAUUCCAGGCGGAUGUACGUCCAAACUCCAACCACUUGACGUCUUGAUCAAUAAGCCUUUUAAAGAAUAUCUGCGCAAGGAAUGGUGCGAGUUCAUCGACAGUCAGCUAAAGCUCAUCGGUCCAGGUGAACGUCCCAAGACAUCUUCGAAACAAGACAUCGUCAACUGGGUUUCACGAGCGUGGGACAAACUUCAAGACAGACCUGACAUGGUGAAGUUGUCAUUCGUCUGUACCGGCAUAAGUAGUGCACUUGACGGAUCUGACGACCCAGACUACUACUCCGCUUCGAUACAGCAUGAAAUUGAAUCAACGGCAGCCGCUCAGUUGAACGUAAAUUUGGACCCAGACGACGACAGUUCACCGGAGAAUGAAGUCAGUAGCGACAGCGAUUCAGAAGACGAUGUACCAGAACUCAGCAAUAAAGAAAUUCUUCAACGUUAUUUCAAUUCGGAUGACAGUGGUAGCAACUUUGACGGGUUUGAUUGA